AUGGGCCCAGGGUGGGGAAUCGACUUGCUCAAGGUCACCCAGGAGAGCGUGGGGGCCUCGUACCAGGAAGUGGACCCGGGGCGGCCACCCGGCAGCCGGCGGUGCUCUCCGCGACAUCGCCUUGCGAAAUUCUCCUUUCUGCUUACCACUUUGAACUUACAAUUUCUAGAUGCCGGCUACGAGUUUGACAUCUGCUUCACCUCAGUGCAGAAGAGAGCAAUUCGGACGCUCUGGACUGUGCUGGAUGCCAUUGACCAGAUGUGGCUGCCUGUAGUGAGGACCUGGCGUCUCAAUGAGCGGCACUAUGGGGGUCUGACUGGUCUUAACAAAGCAGAAACUGCUGCCAAGCAUGGCGAGGCCCAGGUAAAGAUCUGGAGGCGCUCUUACGAUAUCCCACCACCACCGAUGGAGCCCGACCAUCCCUUCUACAGCAAUAUCAGUAAGGAUCGCAGGUAUGCAGACCUCACUGAAGAUCAGCUACCCUCCUGUGAGAGUCUGAAGGACACUAUUGCCAGAGCUCUGCCCUUUUGGAAUGAAGAAAUAGUGCCCCAGAUUAAGGAGGGGAAACGGGUACUGAUUGCAGCCCAUGGUAACAGCCUUCGGGGCAUUGUCAAACAUCUGGAAGGUCUUUCUGAAGAGGCUAUCAUGGAGCUGAACCUGCCGACUGGUAUUCCCAUUGUCUAUGAAUUAGACAAGAACUUGAAGCCCAUCAAGCCCAUGCAGUUCCUGGGGGAUGAAGAGACCGCGCGCAAAGCCAUGGAGGCUGUGUCUGCCCAGGGCAAGGCCAAGAAGUGACCGA